GGCAGAGAGGCUAGAAGCACAUGAAACACUAACAUCGCUCAGUUGUCAAUAAUAUCAGAGGAAACAUGACCUGAGGGAAAAGGAAUGGAACUCUCAGCACCAUGCGAAAGUAAUACAAAUGAAACUGCAAAUUUCACUGAUUUCAUUAACUUGGUUGGGCUCUACUAGAGAAUAAAAAAAAGUUCAACACUGGAUACAUUGUUGCUUAGACAAAUGGAAUAAGCAUCAUUUUUGAUUUAGGAUUCAGGGGAAUAUGACUUCAGUAUAUAGUCUGCUUGUGAAUGGAUCAAAAGCCAAACUGAAGGAAGACAAGUGAAAAGUUAGAAAGGGGUGCUAUUACAUCAAGGCACUGACCACACAGGGGGACAGAAGGAUUUUUUCUUUAUAAUCAGGGUCUGUUUCCUGAAGCAAAUGAAGAAAACCUAGAUGGACUGAUGCUGAUGCCAGUCGUUGGAAGUACUGAGAGAGUGGUGAUGCCAUCAUGGUCAAUGCAACACCAAAUGAAACUUGGAAAGAUGAUGAUGUGGACUAUAACUACUCAGCGCUUGUUCUUGGAAUCCCGCUCAUCCUAAUUAUUAUUCUUGGUAACAUCUUGGUCUGCCUGAGUGUACUAACAGAAAGAUCAUUAAAGACUGCUACUAACUACUUCAUUGUCAGCUUAGCUGUUGCAGAUCUUCUCCUAGCCAUACUGGUCCUCCCACUGUAUGUAUACUCUGAGUUUUUAGGUGGUAUAUGGACUUUAAACAUGUAUAUCUGUGAUGCAUUAAUGACCAUGGAUGUGAUGCUCUGUACAGCUUCAAUCCUCAACCUUUGUGCAAUAAGUGUUGACAGAUACAUUGCAGUGAUUGUGCCUCUGAAAUACAACAGAAAUCAGUUUAGUAUGCGACAGCUGGUUUUAAUCACCGCAACAUGGGUCUUGUCUUUUGGGGUGGCAAGUCCCGUAAUCUUUGGCUUGAACCAAGUACCUAACCGGGAUCCAAAAGUCUGCAAGCUGGAGGAUGAUAAAUUUGUGGUCUAUUCCUCAGUUUGCUCCUUCUUUGUGCCUUGUCCAGUCAUGCUGCUGCUUUAUUACUGGAUGUUUCGGGGACUAAGAAAAUGGAGUACAAGCCGUAAGGCAAACUUGUUGAAGGGCGAGCGACGUUUUUCCUUCAGUCUGAGGAGUCUACGCCGAGAGAAGAGACAAAAAGUUAAGUACUUGAUGCCUCGUCUCAGCCCUACUGUUGCCAACAAGAUUACAGUGCCUGAGAAUGACUUGAUAACUACUCAGCUGGACAGCACUUCAGAUGCAGAAGCACAAGAAAAGCUAAAAGACAGCAGCCCCAAAGAGAACGGGAUCAAGCACAGUCCUGUCUCCAGCAGAGGGUGUCAGAGCAAGAGCCGCAGAGUGAGUGGGAGGGAGCGCAAAGCAAUGAAAGUUCUUCCGAUCGUUGUAGGUGUAUUCCUGGCAUGCUGGACACCAUUUUUCGUGGUCCAUGUGACAAAGGUUCUUUGUGUUUCCUGUGACAUCACGCCACCCCUGAUCAGUGUGGUGACAUGGCUGGGCUAUGUGAACAGUGCAGUGAACCCCAUCAUCUAUACAGCCUUCAACACAGAAUUUCGAAAGGUUUUUCAGAAACUGUUGUGCUGUCAAUAAUGGCGACUUCAAGUGACGAAAAGAAGAAAAGCAAAGCUCUAUAAAUAAAUCUAUAUUUUUUUUGUACUUGUGUGAAAUAGCUUGAAAUGAAUUUUAUUUUUACAAUAAUUUGGCUGUAAAUGAUUGUGAAUCAUUACCUUUAAAUGCCUUAGUUAACUUGUAAAUUUAAAAUUAAAUUAAAUUAAAAUUGUUGUCAUGGUAAAAGCCAAUCCUCUAUUUACAACUGUAAAUGUACUUAAUAGAGCGAUACUAGCCCAGAUGCAUAAAAGAACAUAUACAAAAAAAGAUGUGUAUUCAUCUGUUGUGGUUCUAUAGCUGUUGACUUGAGCGUUAAAAAUGUCCUACAUUUCAUGUAUCAUUUUUUUAAUUGUACCAACUCCCUCACAAAUGAUUCAUUUAUUAAUCUGAUAGAGGAUGGAUGGACAUUUUAGUUAACCUUGAGAAAACCCAGCAAAUUAUGGGUAAUUUGCGUUACCACAGGAAUAUCGAUGGAGAUUUAAGUCAUAGCUUUAACAGCAUCA